UAUAGUUCCGAACUGCCAAAAGCCAACCCUUUGCCUCCUUCCCACCAAAAAAAAAGGCCGAAAAUAAAAAAAAAUGGCCACAAUUUUCCUCUCCACUGCAAAAACCUUCCUCCCAGCUCUGCUUUCUUCAUCAUCUUCGUCUUCGUCUUCGUCUUCUUCACCGGCUUCGCCUUCAAUUCUUCUUCAGAAGCGCAGUAGUGCUAGGCCAAUUUCAACUCUCUGCAAGCCAGCGAGUAGCGAUGCGAGACAUCCUUAUCCUCCAAUUCUCGCCAGAAGAAGCCUCUCCAUCAGCCUCACCGCAGCCUUCCUCUCCACCCUGGCCGGCGGCCAUGGCGGCUCUGCUGCCAAUGCCGCCAUUCUCGAAGCCGACGACGACGAGGAGCUCCUGGAGAGGGUGAAGAAGGACAGGAAGAGGAGGCUUGAGAAGCAAGGAGUCAUCAGCUCAUCCAACAAAGAGAAAGCCUACCUCCAAGAACUUGUGUACAAGCUGAGCAAAGUGGGGCAAGCCAUAGAGAAAAAUGAUCUGCCAACAGCAAGUUCCGUGCUUGGCAAAAGCACAGAUACAGAUUGGCUCCAGAAAGCCAAUACAGCCUUCACCAAGCUGAGCUCCAGCCCUGAGGAGAAGACUGAGGUGGAUGCCUUCAACACCUCACUGGCUUCUUUGAUUUCCUCAGUGAUAGGGAACGAUGUCGAGGCCUCCAAAAUAGCUUUUGUUUCAUCAGCAACUGCGUUUGAGAAGUGGUCAGCCUUGACAGGGUUGGUUGAGCAGCUUAAAGGGCUCUAAAGGGUUGUGAUUUUCCUUUCAUUUUUGUUCUAAUUACUGUCCAAGGAAAAUCGUUGCACUCCUCACUCUCCCCUUUGAUUUUUUCAUUUGAUUCUUCACCACAAUGCAUGCAACCUUGGAAAUUUCAAAUGGUGGUAGAUGUUAAUGCUGCAGCAUCUGAAUGUUUUCUGUACAA